GGCUAAAAAUAAUCCGGCGGGAGGCGGGGCGGCUCGGGUCAAAGGUCAGUAAAUAUUGGUGACGUCAGACACCCAAGAUGGCGGAAGGGGAAGAUGGAGGCUGGUGGAGAAGCUGGUUGCAGCAAAGCUACCAAGCUGUCAGAGACAAGUCCACAGAAGCUUUGGAGUUCAUGAAACGGGACCUGGCUGAGUUCACCCAAGUGGUGCAGCAUGAUACAGCCUGCACUAUUGCUGCCACAGCCAGUGUGGUCAAGGAGAAACUGGCUAAGACAGAAGGCUCCUCAGGCACAACUGAAAAGGUGAGGAAGGGGCUCUCUGACUUCCUGGGUGUCAUCUCGGACACGUUUGCACCUUCACCAGAUAAGACCAUUGACUGCGAUGUUAUAACGCUGAUGGCAACGCCCACGGGCACCACAGAGCCAUAUGACAGCACCAAGGCUCGCCUCUACAGUCUUCAGUCAGACCCAGCAACCUAUUGCAAUGAACCUGAUGGCCCUCCUGAGCUCUUUGAGGCUUGGUUCUUGCAGUUUAACCUGGAGGAGAAGAAAGGGGAGAUCUCAGAGCUGCUGGUGAGCAGCCCCUCCAUCCGGGCUCUCUACACCAAGAUGGUCCCGGCAGCCGUGUCCCAUUCUGAGUUCUGGCAGCGUUACUUCUACAGAGUCCAUCAGCUGGAGCAGGAGGAGGUUCGGAGGGAAGCCCUGAAGCAGAGGGCCGAGCAGAGUGUGCAUCAUGAGGAGCCAGGUUGGGAAGAGGAAGAGGAGGAGUUCCUGGGCAUGUCGCCGCUGCCUUGGGUGAAGUCACCUGACGAGGCCAAGAAGCCAUUGGUCCCUGUAGCAACAGUGGCCCCAGCCACUCUGGAGGGAAGCCCCCUUCCCAGUCCCCAGGAGCCCUCCAAGGAAAGCUGGGCUGUGCUUGCUGCUGCCCAAGCCCCUGUGGAGGUGACCCCUUCUGCGAGCAGCGAGAGUGUCUCCCUUGUGACUCAGAUUGCAAACCCUGCCUCUGUGCCUGACACGCAGCUAGAGACUGGAGCACAGCUGCCAGUUGCGCCUAGGAACCUCUCCCAAAGGCUUCUGGAAGCAACUGCUGAAGAGCCAAAGCCCACAGAGUCUGCACAUUCUUCUGCAGCCGCUCGGGAGCGAGCAUCCUCCUCUGAGCAAGUGGGGCUGAAGGAGCAGGCAGAGGGCAAGCCCCCGGGCAGGACAGAGACUCUGAGAGAGGAUGGGCCAAUGGAUUUACGAGUCUUCGAGCUGAACUCGGACAGUGGGAAAUCUACUCCCUCCAACAACGGGAAAAAAGGCUCCAGCACUGAUAUCAGCGAGGACUGGGAAAAGGACUUUGACUUGGACAUGACAGAAGAAGAGGUACAGCUGGCGCUCUCGAAGGUGGAGGUGUCUGGGGAGAUGGAAGACGAAGAGUGGGAGGACUGGGAAUAAGGAGGCUGCUUCCUGUGUGCACGCCACAGGCUCAUUUCCACCAUCCAAUGUGAAUUAAAUCACAGACCGACAAUUCCUUUCAUGUGUAACUGUGCUGGGGUUUGCAGCUCUGGGCUGGAGGAGUUUUAUCCCUGCUAAAUCCUUUGGGUAGCUCAAACUCAUGACCCAUUCAGAUGCUGGAGGAGGUGGCAGCAGGCAUUUCACUUAGGGUGCUUGGGAUGGGGCUCAGCCUCUCGAGGUCCUAGAGACCAGCAAGGUCAAAUGUGACUGCCCUCCAAGACGUGGGGGCUGGAGAGGGGUCAGGUGGCAUCAGUGGGUCCCUAGCGUUGAACUGGACACUAGAACACCUGGCUGGAUUAUUCUGUACCUCUCAGCUGCUGGUUUGCUGAUUGUCUGCUUGUGUAUGUGUAUAACCUACAAUACAGCAGCUUCAAAGGCUCUAGACUCCCAGCCCAACUAACCCCUGCAAGAGAUCACUCCCUCACCCUGACCCAGGGUGGGACUGGCCAGAGGCUGGAGAUGCUGCAUGGAAUACCCCUUCGUACUACUACACCUUCUGCUGUGAGGAAAGGCUUUUGACUGUGGGGCUUUGAUCUGGAGCCAGGCCUCUCUACAGGGAAUUCACUGCUGCCCCUGUCCCUUUCUGCACCUCCACUUGGCCUAGCCUCCUGUUAAGACAGGAGUCCCGGUGCUUCCUUCUGCUUCUGUUGGAUGCAGCUUCUUAGAGGGAAACCCAGAUUUCUGCCUGCUGAGGCAGAGGCCUCUCACAGAAAGCAGAGGGGAGUUGCUUCCUCCUUGCCCUUUCCAUGGCUUCCCCAACUGUGCUGCCUCCCUCUGCUCUGCUGGGUUUCAGGAACUUUUAUUUGUCCUUAAUUCAUCUGGCAAAGUCGUGGUUCCUGUGAGUUUUUAUAGGUGGACAGUGGACCUAGGUCAUAGUAGAAGCAGAACCUGUCCUUGUCAGCGUCUGUCAGUAUCCAGCUCGGUCGUGUAAAAGACUUUGUUGGGUCCAGUGUCCACCACUUCUAUAUCAGCCUUUGUCAGCACAUCCUGCCAUUUUCCUCUGUUCUUAAUAGAGGGGGAGGUGGAAGGUGUCUGGCAGCAGGUGGGACUUGGCACAAGCUGACUGCUGUCUCUGUUCACUUUGCUGCUUGAAUCCCUGCCCCAAACCUUCCCUUCCCGCUUUUUUCCUCAAACUCCACAGGUUGUUAAAAUGGCCCUGUUCCUGCUAGCUAAGGCUCCAACUCCCAUUCCCCCACUGCUAGUGGCUGCUUUAGACGGACCUUCCUCUAGACCAUGAGGGGGUUCCUUUCUGAUCUGUCACAAAAUACUCUUCCUUAGUGGAUAUGGCCAGUACAGUUAUCUUCAGUGGACAGGGACCAUCCCCACUGUCUCUGGCUUUCAGAGUAUUGGAUUUAUCCAUGGUAUCUCUAGGUCAUUCUGCUUCUUUAGGGCCACAUAAUUGAAGCUGUGGGUUUCCUUCUAUUUCUAGAUAACAGAAGCCUUCUGGGUCCUGGGAGCAUCAGUUUUCCAACUGGGAGAUUUAGACAAGAGUGACAGCUCAUGUAGGUGGGUUGGAGAUAGUGUCUUCCAGAUCCGUGUCUGAGAGCCUGUGUAGGAUGGAACACCCACUGGGACAGGGGAAAGCUUGUUGGUGUAAAGUGACCCAUUGGGGUCUUUGCUGUGGCCUAGCUCUGUCCUUGACAUUGGUGCAUCUUGGGGAGGCAGUGAAAAUGCAGCUAGGUUCCCUCUACGUGGAUGUGGAACUGUCUUAACUCUAAGUCAGGAAAUAUUCCUAUUGCCGGUAGGUCCACCAUUGUGGCUGGAGGGGUUCUGUAGCAGGGCCUCUAGCCAGGAGGCCAGUAGCCAUCUAGAAAUAUCUGAGAACCACAUAAACUGCGCAUAGUGCUGUGCUCUGGGGAGAUUCCUGUGUAUAUGCUCGAGUCUAAUUUUAAAACUGAGGUGCCCAGCUGGAACCUUGUGCCCCAUGGUUGGAGCUGGGAGAAGGGGCAAUGCUUUCAUUUCUCUUCGUAAUUCUUUCUUUAGUUAAUUAACCGUUUGGUUGUUUGUGCAAUAUUCUCUCUUUUAAAUUAUAUUGCAUCUCCCAGGAGCAUUUUCUAGCUGGGGCAAAAGAGAUCCUAACAGCUGUUAGUUUUGUAAUGAUAACUUUCUCCUGAACCUUUUACAGACUUGCAGUUAACAGCGAUUAAAGGAAUUCUACAGAA